ACUGCUACCCCGACAGAGCGUGGUCCGGUGGAACCACUACAAUGGCUCUGCGACCCGAAGUCCUGGACGAGUUACCUGCCUGCUGCCUGUCGCCAUGCGGGCCGCCCAAUCCCUCCGAGCUGUUCAGCGAGGAGCGGCGCCUGGCCCUCGAGGAGUUGGUGGCUGGCGGCCCCGAAGCCUUCACGGCUUUCCUGCGGCGCGAGCGCCUUGGCCGCUUCCUGAACCCCGACGAGGUGCGCGCUGUACUGCACUCGGCCCAGCGGCCCAAAGAAGAGGGCGCGGCGGCGGCAGUCGAGGACUCGUUCGGCUCGUCGCACGACUGCUCGUCCGGCACCUAUUUCCCCGAGCAGUCCGACCUAGAGCCUCCGCUGCUGGAGCUCGGCUGGCCGGCCUUCUACCAGGGCGCCUACCGCGGCACCACGCGAGUCGAGGCGCACUUCCAGCCCCGCGGCGCGGGUGCCGGCGGCCCCUAUGGCUGCAAGGAUGCGCUGCGCCAGCAGAUCCGCUCGGCGCGAGAGGUGAUUGCCGUGGUGAUGGAUGUUUUCACAGACAUCGACAUCUUCAGAGACCUGCAGGAAAUAUGUCGGAAGCAGGGAGUGGCUGUGUAUAUCCUUCUGGAUCAGGCCCAGGUUGCCCACUUUUUGGACAUGUGCAUGGAUCUGAAAGUUCAUCCUGAACAGGAAAAGCUGAUGUCAGUACGGACUAUUACAGGAAAUAUCUAUUAUGCAAGAUCAGGAACUAAAAUUAUUGGGAAGGUUCAUGAAAAGUUCACUCUGAUUGAUGGCAUUCGAGUGGCAACAGGCUCCUACAGUUUUACAUGGACAGAUGGAAAAUUGAAUAGCAGUAACUUGGUUAUUCUGUCUGGCCAAGUGGUUGAACACUUUGACCUGGAGUUCCGGAUCUUAUAUGCCCAGUCGAAGCCCAUCAGUCCCAAACUCCUGUCCAACUUCCAGAUCAGUGGCAAGUUUGAUCAUCUAGUGGACCAAAAACCACUGACCAAGGAGCUCACACUGGGCAACCUGCUGCGCAUGCGGUUGGCCAAGCUGUCAAGUACACCCAAGAAGACCACUCUGGACCUAGAGGUUCCUGUGGAGGACACAGCAGAGCCCAAGCCCCGUGACUCUGUGUCCUCCACCAUUAGCGAGGAAGACUACUUCCACAGCCACAGGGAUGAACUGGGGGACAGCAAGGCGGUUGAUGCUGCCACCCAGACAGAGCCAGAAGCGGAGAUGACAGCAGUGAGUGUGAGUGAGAUGGGAACACAGACCAGCACGGGCACAGCCUGUGCCGGAACCCAGACCACCAUCGCCACCAGAGCAUCAAGCUCCCAGACCAUGGUGUGGUCCAAGUCAACCACCACACAGACUGACACAGAUGAGAGUAGUCACUUUUCUCAGGGCACACAGUCUAAAGAAGGAUCACCUGUAUCAAAAAUGUCAGUGUCAAGAUCCUCCAGUUUGAAGUCAUCAUCUUCUUUGUCUUCCCAAGGUUCAGUGGCAAGCUCCAUUGGUUCCCACACUUCCCUCCGAUGCCCUGACUUCCACACUCCUGGAUACUCAAAGUACCUAGGCAGCCCCCACCUGGACCUGUGCCUGAGGGACUCACUCAGAAACUUGAAUCAAGAGAGGCAGUUUCAUUUCGCUGGCAUCAGGUCCCGACUCAACCACGUGCUGGCCAUGCUCUCGAAGAGAACAUUCUUUGCCGAAAACUAUUUUGACUUUAAAUCUGGAAAUUUCACCAGAGCAUCAUUUAAAUUGAUUGAUAUUAGAGACACAGUAGUUUAUCCUUCCUAUCAGUGAUUGCUCUGUGUUGAUUCCUGGGUCUGCCAUCCUGUGGCAGAUGUCACUACAAUUUCCUGCUUUCAAAAACCUUGCAUUUCUGAGUACGUUUCUCUCAACUCUUAGUCCCUUUGGCUGUCUAGAAUUCUAUCCUGCACAUUUUUUUUACAUGCUUUUAUUUUUUUUCCUAUAGAAACCAGGUAUUGGUUUUAUGGUUGAAACACUAUGGGUACAGUUUUGUUUUGGCUUUUUUUGCACAAUUCCAACAGAUAUUUAAGAGAAUGUUUAGAGUUUAAGGUUAAUUCAAUAUUAGAUAAAGUAUUCUACAUUUUUCUUGAUUUGUAUGCUUUUCUGUCUUAGGGAUUUGAGUCACCACUGUUUUUAUAGUCAAAAUCUUGUUUGGGGUUAAAAAAAAAAAAAGAACAACUGUUUCUUAAAUGUUUAUUUUUAGAAUAUCUGUGUUAUUAACAUUAAAUAAAUUUAGACAACUUUGGUUGAAA